CAACGGUCGCAUUUUCCACCGGUAGCUCUUUGGACGGGGUGAAGCAUGGCGGAGCAUUGGCGGACGCUGCUGCGAGAGCUCGCACAGGAGUUGGAAAAGCAGACGGCGGAGCUGGCGCGGCUCCGGCACGGAGCUCCGCCGCCUUCGGGCGUGGAGAGCCAGGUCAUCCAAAGCGUGCCCCUGCCGCCCCUCGUGCCCCUGUCAGCACCUAAGCCACCCGACACCCAGGAGCAGCCAAAGUACAUGUUGGAUACCUCCUGGUCGCUCUCGCUGAACCCUCAGAUCCAACGUAAGGAAGCCUCCAGCGUGAUUUCCAGCUGGAUUGCUCAAUCGCAGGCCACUCACACCUCCGCCUCCUCCGUGGUCGCCUCCUCCGUGGUCGCCUCCUCCGCGUCGCGUGGCACACGGUCGAUGGAUUCCUCCGGCACGCAGAGCGCCUUGAGCCAAAGCGUGCAUCCGCCGAAGACGGGCAUGCUCAGAUCCACGAAGGAGUUCUCCAUCAUGGAUGCCGAGAAGCUGGGGUUCACCGUCAUGCGGGCGCAGAAGACCAAGAGAUUUGUCGCACAGAAGCCUUGGUAUAUCAUCAACCCUGACACGAGCACCUGGGCCAAUGUUUGGCAGGGCGUGGUGGCUGCGGCGCUCUUGUUCGUGGCCUUUGUAACCCCGGUCCAGGUGGGUUUGCUCAGCUUGCAGCUGGAUGCCACGAUGGUGGUGAGUUUCUUCAUUGACUUUGUCUUCUUGGUAGAUAUGAUGUUGCAAUUCUUGACCACCUACCCGCAGGAUACUUCCAACGGCAUUGUUUGGGAAGUGGACAUCCGAAUGAUCUCCCUGCACUACCUGCAGACCUGGUUCCUCCUAGACUUCGUCACGGUCUUCCCGUUCGACCUCAUGGCCUUGAUGGCGGAUUCGGCCAUGGAUGAGUGGAAGAGCAUCAAAGUGCUACGAGCCCUGCGGCUGUUGAAGUUGGCACGAUUGGUCAAGACUUCCAGGAUGAUCCACAACCUGGAGAUACCCUUGUCGAUCCCAUAUCAGAAGGUGGCCCUUGCAAGAUUCCUCGUGGUCUUGGUCCUCGUUUGCCAUUGGGUGGCCUGCCUGUGGGCGAUGACACUGAACUUGGGUGAAGGUGACUACCAGGCCCGUUGGAUCGACUCCAUCGAGGAUCCUGAGUCGAGAGAACCCUUACGAGUUUACAUCGCUGCCUUCUACUUUGCUUGCUACACCAUCACCUCGGUGGGCUUCGGUGAUAUCACGCCGCGGAACGUCUUGGAGCGCACCUUUUGCAGCGCGAUUUUGUUGGCUUGUGGCUUGGCAUGGGCCUACAUCAUUGGAGAGGUGGGUGCCAUUGUGAGUGACAUGACCUCGGAGAGUCAGGAGUUCAGGCGCCGGAUGCACCAUCUCAAUGUGAUGAUGCAAGAGCAAUCGCUGCCCUUUGUCCUCCGCAAGCGCUUGAGGAGUUUCUUCCUGCAGAACCGGCACCUUGCGGUCUUCCGGACCCGGCAGAAGCUCUUCGAUUCCAUGAGCCCUCAACUUCAGAACGACGUGUGCAUGAACACCCAGGUGCACUGGGUGAGGAAGGUGUGGUUUUUCGAUGGCUUUAUGAGGUGGAUCGAAUCGAAGGAGACGUUGGGCAUUUACACCGGGCACUUCUACGCCUGUGUGGCAGACAUCACACGGCAGCUCAACACGGCCGCCUUUGCGCAGCAGGAGACCUUUGCCAAUCUCCAGGCAGUUCGGUCGGGUCGAGACCGGUGCGAACGAAGGGAAGAAGCCGUGGGAGGGACGUCGAGUGGUGUGUGA